GAGAAACAUGGGUGGGCUAAGCUUGGCUUUUGCAGGCUACCCCAUGUGAGUAGCUGCAUAUUUCUUUUUUAUCCAUUAUUCCAAGUAGUCAAUGCUUUUGGGUUGGGACAGUGCGGACUCUGUUUGACUGCAAAAACAGUCACUUUCUUAUGCCACACUACUGCUUUAUAUCUAAAUGAUGAACAUUGAGAUUGAGAAGAAAAGGAGAGAGCCCUUUCUUUAACAACCAGACAGAGACUUCCUUCAUCGUCGAAGCUGCUUACUGUUGUUCACUUCACGAAUGGAUCUUCCCACUCCCAAAUACUUUCAGUCUCCUCCAAUAUUCGAAUCAAAUGGGGACCCGCCAUUGGAGGGCAGGAGAAGCUUCUAUGGUAAAACCAAGGAUGACCCUUUUGCAGACACCUUCCACGAUCCUCUUUGCAAGCUCAACCUCAAGGAAACUUCAGAGUUUGUCAAGUCAUUACCGAUGGUGAACACGGUCACCUCCUCUGUUUCGACUCAGAGGAGGAGAGAUGGAGUCAACUCAGUGACUACUCAAAGACGAGUCGCAGAGUCUCCCUCAACUCCUGGAAGGCCUGUUUUUGGCUUCAGCGUUGGAAACCUUUCAAGAAAGAAUGUCCCUUCAAAGUGGGACGAAGCAGAGAAAUGGCUUGUUUGUAGCCCUUGCAAUGACUCCCCUGCCCACUCGUUGAAGCCAUCAGAGCCAACAAAGAUAUCAAAGCAAGCUGAAAACUUCAAGCCUCAAACAGAGGUUUUCGCUGAGAAGUUUAGAGUAACGGAGGAAAAGGUUUCUAAAGCAGUCUCAAGCUUUCUUGGAUCUGCAACUUUGUGCAAAAAUAACAGCAACUCCUUGAGACCUUUCAAUGGCGUUUCUGAUUUACACCUAAAAGAUAAGUUUAUGGACAAUGUAGAGCCAAAUUUGCCGACGAAGGAAGGCUUUGUGUUCAGCAAUUCCGCCAUUAGCAAGAUGGAAGUUACGGGCGCCAUUGUUGAGGUUCAGCACAGAGACAUUGGAACAGAGAUGACCCCUUUAGGCAGUUCCACCACUUCAAGGUGCCCAACUCCAUUCAAAAGCUCAUCCCCAGCUCGCCAUAACACGCCGGCGAACAGAUCCGGACCGCUCGGUCUGGUCGGCGCCGGUGACGACGCCGACAAUAAUAGCGCCACCAUCGACAUUACCCAGUUGCAGGAAUGCCAUUUGGCUAAGCUACAGCUUCCAUCUCAAUACGAUUCUGUUGCAUCGAAUUGGAGCUCGAGGGAAGAAGAGGAGGAAGAAAUUUCAAAAAGCUUGAGACACUUCGAAACGGGCAAUGAAUGUCGGAGAAGUAUAUCAGAUUCCAGAGCUGCAGCUUGGGAAGAAGAGGAGAAAACCCAGUGCUGUAAUAGUUUCAGAUAUCAGAGAGAAGAAGCCAGGAUACAGGCUUGGGUGAACCUGCAAAAUGCAAAAGCAGAAGCUCAAUCGAAGAAACUUGAGCCAUCCGCCAUGACUGGUCCACCUCUGUGUCUGUGCUUCACCUGAUUUCAGUAACCCUCGUAUCCUGCAUAUGCUUGAAAGCUACGACUCAUCUUCCAAAUUUAUUUUAUGACACCAAAAUCCCCAUUUGGAAAAAGGAACAGAAAAAAAGGAAUUUGUUUAUUUGAAUUCAGCUCUGCCAUGCCCAAGAACAUGCUUCUCUUAGUUUCUGACCAAAAAAUUGAGUCCAUACUAUACUGCCUACAAUCGCUCUACAUUUAAUGAUCUUAAAGCCCCCAAGGGAUUCAAAAGAUGAAUUGGCGAUGCAGGUGAAAAUAGAAAGGAUGAGAUCAAAUCUAGAGGGGAAGCUGAUGAAGAGACUGUCGAUGGUACACAGGAAAGCAGAGGAAUGGAGAGA